AUGACGGAAGGAGCUAUUAUUCAAGGCUCUUCACCUGCCAUGCGAAGAAACUCUCAAUCGGCUAAUUUAGCCGAGGCUUUAUCAACAAUUGUUGAUACAAACUCUCAAAUACAAACAGACUUUAAUAAUAAUUGUGAUUCUGACGAAAAUUUGACCGGAUUUAUUGAUGAUUUGGGAAGGCGUCUGCAAAGUACAUCGAGCGAGAUUGUCGUACGACAGCUAAUCGCACGAGAUACCGAUGGUUUAGCUGGUUUAAGGGAUAGAGUAUUGCAACUGGUCCGUUCUAAGUGGAGUUGUUGUCCAAAAGGCGAACUUCAGAGGAGAAUUACAAGAACUAGGGGAACGUCGGCGUCAGAGAAGCUCGCACAAGAUAUUGUAUUGCUUGUGAAAUUUUACGAGAGCGGCGAAGGAAGUCAAGCGCUAAAGGACAUAUUUCGCAAGGUCAGGAAUACGGAUUGUAGUUACGCUCUCGGAGAUAACGAACGCUUUGGAUCAACCUAAUCUCAAGAAACUACUCGAAAUUGUCGAAGAUUUAGAAGCAAAAUUUGUUGAAACAAAUAUUCAACAUAAAACAGAUAUUGACAAAUUGAAAGACGAACUUAAUCAUAUGCAAUUACAUUUAGCCGAAAAAGACUCAAAAAUAUACUCGCUAGAAAAGGAGGUGUCGACGUUACGAGCUAAUUGCCGUGCUUCAAAAGAAUCUCUAAAUUCGAAAUGCGAAAGCAUCUGCGUCGAGAUGGAAAAUAUUUCUAAAAUGACAGAACAGAGAAAGUCAAAGGAAAGUAUUAAAAUAUUAACGAAAAAAAAUUUGAAUAAUUCUGUAGAGUUUGGCAAUACUGAACUUGCACACUCAGCCACAAUCCUUCGCUGCUGUAGCGAGUGGCAGUAA